AUGGAAUCCCUCGCUACCCUCGCUACCCUCGAAUCGAACAACCUCCUCGGCUUGCCCCCAAGACUCGCCCCUCGUCCCCUCGUCCCCUCAUUCGGAAUCAAAACCUCAACCCAAUUUCCCAACAGACACACAAUAGCACCAACAACAGUAACGUUUCUCUACCCGGUCGUCCCCGCUACCUCCAAGCCCUUCAACCUCGAGUACUACCUCGCGACCCACAUGCCAUGGGUGCAAAAGUCCUGGUCCAAAUUCGGCCUUCAGAAAUGGGAAGUCAUGAAGCUUGAUCCAGUGGGUGGCUACACGACCGAGUUGAUCAUGCAUUGGGAAAGUUUGGAGGCGUUUAGGAAGGCGUUGAAGGAGGACAGCGUGGAGAUUAUGGCGGAUAUUCCGAAUUUCAGCACAGUGCCGCCGGUGCAGAUUUGGGGGGAGGUUGCUGGUGGGAACUGA